AUCCUGCAAAGAGCAACGCGAUGAUCAGAUAAUCUGCUUUCAGUGAUGUUGAUUGAGGGAUAAAUAUUGGUCAGGACGCUGGGGAGAACUCCUCUUCUCUUCAAAAUAGUGCUAUGUGAUCUCUUACGUCCACCCGACAGGGGCUGACGGGGCCUCAGUUUAAUAUCUCACCAAAAAGAUAGCACUUCUGACAGUGCAGUACUCCCUCGGUACUGCACAGGGAGUAUCGAGCAUCCAGAGGAAAACACCAACAUUUAAAAUGAGUCAUAAGUGCUGAAAACAUGCCAAAGGAAAAAAAAGUAGAAUAAAUUACUCAUUCUUACGAAUUUAUCUAUUAUGACAGAUGCCCAAUGGUAUUUUGAGCGUGCGAUUAUCCUGAUUCUGCACUUGCCUAAAGGUAGGGCAGUAUAAUUCUCCUGUUUGCACAUAAUUGUGUGUCUUAACUCAGCAAUAAUCCUCCUGCAUUAACGCAGCUGUUAAUACAGCUAUCAGUGAGCUGGGGAGGUUACCAGGGAGCCAGUCACAAGCCUUUAAUGAUGAAUGCACAAAGUUACCGGAAAACUGACUGGUAUCGGCCGAAAAAGGUUGGCAGGAUCAAGAGGCGACUGGAAGCAAUUAAAAACCCCUGGAUCUCUCCACCUGAGUUCAGCCUGAGCCACAAUGAAAGCGUAAGGUUGGCUACUGAUGCCCUGUUGGACAUGGGCACUGACGCUUAUGAAAACAUGUUGACUCAAGAGGGGGAGGUGAGCUUCCUAUCUCCUUCUGAAAUACAAUACAUUAUUAGUAACCCUAAGGAACCCCUCCAGCUUGAGGAGCAGCCUUUAGAAGGGAGACAAGCCAACCCUGGGGCAUCGGAUGCCCUUUCAGACCAGACUAGCACUUACUUUCCACUGAUCUCAGACAGCAAUGGGCCAGCGCUGGAGCAAGGAUGGCCAAUGGCAGACAAAAGGUAUUACCUGAAGGGCCCUUCGACCAUCAAAGUUUACUUUCAGACUGAAAAAUCGCAGAGCAUCAAAAAUAUUUUACGUUUUUACAUCAGCCAAGCUAUCGAGCUGAUAGCUAUUGUGAUGGACAUAUUCACCGAUGUUGACAUCUUCUGUGAUGUCCUUGAUGCAGCCAACAAGCGCAAUGUCACUGUUUACCUGCUUCUGGAUCAACACUCUUCACAAUACUUCAUUGAAAUGUGUGAAAAUCUCCAGAUAAAAAGCAAUCACCUAAUGAACAUAGAAAUCCGGCACGUGUCUGGUGACCUCUACUGUUCAAAAUUAGGAAAGAAAUUUUCAGGCCAAGUUCAGGAGAAGUUUAUCAUCAUUGACUGCCUGUACGUGUUAGCAGGAUCUUACAGUUUUACUUGGUUAUCAGGGCAGGUGCACAGGAACUUCAUUACCCUCUUUUCAGGACACAUUGUCGAAAGUUUUGAUGACGAGUUCCGCAGGCUCUUUUCUCAAUCCAAGCCGCUAAAUGAAUUUGGCUCAACGCAAGUGACGGUUCGAUCCCUUCCAAGAAGCUCUUCGAAAACCAGCGGCGGAGCAGUAAUCAUGUGGCCAGAAAGUCGCAACACCCAUUCAGACACCUUCAGCAGCCUGUCCAGUUACAGCGGGCCCCAUCUCAACACCCUUCACCUCACAAGAGGUGAGGAUCUUCACAACCAGAGACAAAACAACAGGGUCGCCCCUCAGCAGAGGGUGUUGUACAACCCGCUUCUCCAGCAGAGGAAUUAUCCCUUCAUAGUUACUGGCAUUGAGAGAUUAUAUCCCAGUCCAGUUGACCACCAUGCUAAUGAAAUACCAAAGACGAAUUCCAAAGACAUCAAAAUUGUAAGAGCUCAGAGGGAGGCAUUACAGAAUGUAUCACGACCAUUACCAUUCAGGCAACAUUACUUGCUGACAGACACUAAACACUUGUUCAACCCGGAGCAAAGCCACAUAGGGAAAUAUUCAAUGGAACCCCCAUUCAGAAUGAACAAUAUGAGUGAUCCUAAGCUCUUCAACAAUAGAUAUGAAAAGCACUUGAAACAGUGAAAAUCAUCAUUCGGAUGCAAUUGAAGAAAACCUGGUUUGGACAAAGUGCUAGGAAAAUAUUGUGAUUGUCUGAAAGUUGGUAUUCUUGCACUUGUCCUGAUGAGCGCAAGGGGAAAAGCUUUGGCAGCACAUCUCCCUUUUCAGUAACAGGAAAAUAUUUACAUGAUAUGUACUGAGGCCGACAUCGUUUUGUUGAAUCCCAAAGCUCUGGACAAACAUUAUAUUUAAAGUCACAGUUAUGCAUGACUCUCAUGUGGCACAUCAAAUCUUGAUCAGAAACCAAACCAACCACCCUCUUCCCUGAAGAUCCUUCUCUUUGACCCUGUGUACAUUUAGUUUUAUCCCUCAAUUUGUACAUAUCCAUUGAUUUUUCUCUCUUUCUCUAUCUGUGAAGAGAAUUUGUUUAUUUUUAAUGCUCGUGAUGCACAGCUUUGGUUGCCAUGGGCAGUCAUUAGAUUUUUAGGCAUGUACUCAAUUUCCCAAUGUAUACUCUGCUCCUGAGGAGUGGUAGAGGUGGAAAUUGACCCGAGCAGUGCCAGUCUUGGCUCAGUGGUAGUACUCUUCGCUCUGUCAGAAAGUCAAGAGUUCAAGCCCUAUUCUAGGGACUUAAGCACACAUUCCCGGGUGCAUUGCACUGUCAUAGGAGCUGUGUUUCAGAUAAAACAUUAAACCUUGUCUAUUGACUCAGGUGAAUAUUCAAGAUCCCUUGGCACUAUAUGUAGAAGAGCAAGAGAAUUCUCCACUGUGUCCUGGUCAAUAUUUAUCACAAAAACAUACUAAGUAGUCAUUAUCACAUUGCUUGUUGUGCUGUUUCCCACACUACGACAGUGACCACACUUCAAAAGUACUUCAUUGGCUGUAAAGUGCUUUGUGAUGUUAAAUAAAUGCAA